CUGGAGGCCGGUUUGGCAAAUUCAACCGAACCAAACAAAGUAAGGCAAAGGAAACAUCGACAAAGCGCAUCUGAUGUGCGUGAUGUGCAUCAAAAUUCGUUUCCAGCCGCAACUGAGCAGGCUGACCUUGAACCAGAAGGCCAUGGAUUCUGUGGAUAUUUUGUCAUUGUUCUUGCGGCUCUUCUUUCUCUAUGCACAUUUCCGUUGACCGUCUGGUUCUCCUUCGCAAUAAUUCAAUCUUACGAGAAGGGAAUAAUGCUACGCCUGGGGAAGUUGCGCAAACAAAACGGCUCCGCCAUUCUUAAUUCAGGAAUACGAUUCAAAUUACCCUGUGUUGACCAAAUGAUCAAAGUGGAUAUGAGAACUGUUACAGUGAAUAUUCCACCACAAGAUAUCUUGACAAAAGAUUCCGUGACGGUUACUGUGGAUGCACUGGUCUACAUGCAUGUCGUAGAUCCUGCUUCAGCGAUUCUUCGUGUUGAGAACUGGCAAAUGUCGACGCAACUACUAGCCGUGAGCAUUCUUCGAACGGUGCUUGGAACAUAUGAUUUAGCAGAAUUAUUGACGCGUCGGUCAGAGAUAGAUUCACAAUUGCGCUCAGAAUUGGACCAAGGGACUGACCCUUGGGGAAUAAAGGUGGAGCGUGUUGAAAUAAAGGACGUAUCUCUGCCUCAGGAUAUGCAACGAGCAAUGGCCGCCGAGGCUCAGGCUGCCAGGGCUGCUAGUGCCAAAGUGAUCGCGGCCAAAGGCGAACUGGAUGCAUCAGAGAUGCUACGCGAAGCGGCACUUAAGAUGAGUGCCACUCCGGUUGCCUUACAUCUUCGUUAUCUACAAACACUGGCUACGAUUGCAACCGAACAAAAUUCAACCAUUGUAUUCCCAUUAGCCAUGGAGUGGCUUGAUUCCUUCAGGCCAAAGAAACGCUGUAAAGUGGAGCGUGUUGAAAUAAAGGACGUAUCUCUGCCUCAGGAUAUGCAACGAGCAAUGGCCGCCGAGGCUCAGGCUGCCAGGGCUGCUAGUGCCAAAGUGAUCGCGGCCAAAGGCGAACUGGAUGCAUCAGAGAUGCUACGCGAAGCGGCACUUAAGAUGAGUGCCACUCCGGUUGCCUUACAUCUUCGUUAUCUACAAACACUGGCUACGAUUGCAACCGAACAAAAUUCAACCAUUGUAUUCCCAUUAGCCAUGGAGUGGCUUGAUUCCUUCAGGCCAAAGAAGUGA